GUGUUCUCUGGCGUUCGCGCCUGCUGGUGUCGCCUUCUCGUCGGCGGCACCUCUGGCGCGCCUGCAGAAGGUCACCCCACGGCAUCAGAAGGCUGAGAGCAUCGUGUCGCACUACGAGGAGGAGGGCUGCCCCACGGCGUCGGAGGACACCAUGCAGAGUGUCGAGGCCAUCGUGUCGCGGACGCUUGGCGUCGAGAGGACGAGCGUGGGGCCGGAUUCGACUCUCUCGCAGUUGGGCGCAGAUUCGGUGGACGUGGUGGAGGCAGUGUUGUCCCUGGAGGAGUGUUUCAACAUCGAUUUGGGCGACGCGGUGCUGGACAUCGAGCUGCCGACCCCUGAGACCGCGAAGUUGAAGAACCUGCGGGACAUCGCGGACCUCAUCCAGUGCGAGACCGUCGGCGGCGGCUGGGGUGGACAGGCCCAGGCCACCCUGGUCAGGCCGGGCACCUAUACGAGAGCUGCGGCGUCCAGCCGUUGGCGCGGCCCCGCCGCGCCCCUCGUCGGCACGCCGGUCAUGAACCCCGAGUACGACUUCCUGUUCAAGCUGCUGCUCAUCGGCGACUCGGGCGUCGGCAAGUCCUGCCUGCUGCUGCGCUUCGCGGACGACACCUACACCGAGAGCUACAUCAGCACCAUCGGCGUGGAUUUCAAGAUCCGCACCCUGGACCUCGACGGCAAGACGGUGAAGCUGCAGAUCUGGGACACCGCCGGCCAGGAGCGAUUCCGCACCAUCACCAGCAGUUAUUACCGCGGCGCCCAUGGCAUCAUCGUCGUCUACGACGUCACCGAUAAGCAGUCGUUCGAGAACGUGAAGCAUUGGAUGCAGGAGAUCGACAAGUACGCCGCGGACGGCGUCAACAAGCUGCUGGUGGGCAACAAGUGCGACCUCUCCUCCAAGAAGGUUGUUCCCUACGACGAGGCGAAGGAGCUCGCGGACGCCCUCGGGGUGCAGUUCAUGGAGACGAGCGCCAAGAACGCCCACAACGUGGAGCAGGCCUUCCAGACGAUGGCGGGCGAGAUCAAGAGCCGCGUGGCCUCGCAGCCGCAGAGGGGGGCCGCAGGAGGCAACGCCACCAACCUGGGGGCCGGCCGUCCGGUGAAGGCCGCCGGCUGCUGCGGCUGA